UUCCCAACCAAGGACGCACUGGCACUCUGGCACUCUGGGUGAAUCGACCGGUUUGAGACAAUCAAGAUGGCGAUCAACCUGUUUGUCUUCUUUCCACACCCUAGCGCCUCCCUUCCCACUCGUGGACGUGGUGUGAUUAAACUAAGGGUAUUGGCGCUGCUACCCUUCUAUCUGACCUUGCCUUGACCUUGGUUGGUGUCAUCACUACCUUACCUUCCAAGGUUACCUUCACCACCACCGCCUGUUCCCGUAGAAAAACAACCUCGUUCGCUGCUUAAGUUGAAUAAGACCCCCUCCAACACCCUCUUCCCCAGAGAACCCAAUUGUCGUCCUUCCCAACCUCUACUCACCGUCGUCGAAACGCCAGCUGAAUCCACCAAAAACUUAUUCACCCAUUCCUGAGCGGUUAACCGAUAAACAUAGCCAAGAUGGGCCUCUUCGGCAUGGCAGCGAGCUACCUCGCCUUCUCCGUCCUCCACUUCUUCCAGUUCGUCCUGGCCGUCACCGUAUGCGGCCUCUACGCCGUCGACCUCAACCGCGCUAGAAGCGAGGGGAGCUACACCGACGGGAAAUGGGUCUUUGCUGUUGUGGUCGGCGCCCUCUCCGCCGUUACGGCUCUGCUCUACUUCAUCCCCUUCAUCCUGCGCUUCGCCAUCGUCUGGAUCUGGGAUGCCAUCCUCUUCAUCCUCUGGAUCGCCUUGUUCGGUCUCUUUGGUAAUAUGUACAUCAAGGAGAACGCAGAGGGCGACAGCGGCAUCCAGCGCAUGAAGAACGCCGUAUGGGUCGACUUGGCCAACGCCCUCCUCUGGCUCGUCAGCGCCCUGGCGACCGCCGCCUACUGGUGGAGACACCGCGAGCGCCGCACCCGAUUCACCGGCCGUGGAAAGGUCUAAACGAGAUGUUGCAAAGCGAACAAUGGACCAACACACCCAGAGGCGGAUAGAGCUCGUCUACCGAGUUAAUUCAGAAUGGGAUAGUAUGGGGGGGGGGGGGG